UAUUACCCGAACACAACAAAAUUUUCAUAUUACAUUGUUUCAUCUGCAGCAUGAAGGCAAUACAGAAACUUUGUCUCUCUAUUCUUAUAAGUCUCUUACUUAUAUACACACAAAUCUCGUCGACUUUUGCAGCUCAUUCAACAAGUUCGAAAGAAAGCUUCGUCUCAAGUGGGGAAAAAGAGGACGUGAGGAGGCAGACAAAGACUCGUAUUGUGGAGUAUUUUGAAGAAAACAAGAUAGAGGGAUUCAAUGUGGAGAGUCUAAUGGACUAUGAUCCUCCCGGACCAGAUCCUCGUCAUGAUCCACCACCUCCUCCGCCUUCGUAAGCAAGAAUAUAUGCAGAGAUUGGAGUGUGGUUUAUAAAGAUUUAUGGAUGCAGAAAUUAAUUAUGUAGAAAUAUGGAAUAAAUAGUCAUAAAAUGAAUAAUUAUUUUCUUUU